AGUGGGACCUCACCCGCUCUAGUCCCCUCUCCUCAGUGCCAGCUAUGAGUUCCUGCAACUUCACACAUGCCACCUUUGUGCUUAUCGGUAUCCCAGGACUAGAGGAAGCCCAUUUCUGGUUCGGAUUUCCACUGCUGUCAAUGUACGCCGUGGCAGUGUUUGGGAAUUGCGUCGUGGUCUUCAUCGUAAAGACAGAGCGCAACCUGCAUGCUCCCAUGUAUCUCUUCCUCUGCAUGCUGGCAGCUAUUGACCUGGCCUUGUCCACAUCCACCAUGCCCAAGAUCCUCGCCCUCUUCUGGUUUGACUCACGGGAGAUUACCUUUGAAGCCUGCCUUGCCCAGAUGUUCUUCAUUCACGCCCUCUCAGCCAUUGAAUCCACCAUCCUGCUAGCCAUGGCCUUUGACAGAUAUGUAGCUAUCUGCCACCCACUGCGCCAUGCCUCGGUGCUCAACAACACAGUCACCGCUCAGAUCGGCAUGGUGGCCCUGGUCCGUGGAUCUCUCUUCUUUAUCCCACUGCCUCUGCUCAUCAAAAGGCUGGCCUUCUGCCACUCCAAUGUGCUCUCACAUUCUUACUGUGUGCAUCAAGAUGUGAUGAAGUUGGCCUCUGCAGACACAUUACCCAAUGUGGUCUAUGGUCUUACGGCCAUUCUGCUGGUCAUGGGUGUGGAUGUCAUGUUCAUUUCCUUGUCCUAUUUUCUCAUUAUACGAACAGUGCUGCAACUGCCUUCCAAGUCAGAGAGGGCCAAGGCCUUUGGGACCUGUGUGUCCCACAUUGGUGUGGUCCUGGCUUUCUAUGUGCCGCUCAUUGGUCUCUCAGUCGUGCACCGCUUUGGGAACAGCCUUGAUCCCAUUGUGCAUGUGCUCAUGGGGGAUGUCUACUUACUGUUGCCACCUGUGAUCAAUCCCAUCAUUUAUGGUGCCAAGACCAAGCAGAUCAGAACACGAGUGAUGGCCAUGUUCAAGAUCAGCUGUGACAAGGAUCUUCAGACUGUGGAACACAGUUGA